GUGGCAAACGCGGGGAAAAGAGAGCUUUUGGGCGGGGGCGAGGAAUGAUCCGGAGCUGGAGAGAGUUCCAUUCGUGAAACCCUAAUCUCUCCAUCUCUCCCCCGUUCCGACGGAUUCUUGGUUCCUAAUCUUCGUUUUCAUCCAUCAAAGCUGCCCUAAUUGUUGAAUUUUGGAUCCGUCCAUGGGGCUCUGGGAAGCUUUCCUGAAUUGGCUGCGAAGCCUCUUUUUCAAGCAAGAGAUGGAGUUGUCAUUGAUUGGGCUUCAGAAUGCUGGGAAAACAUCAUUAGUGAAUGUCAUUGCGACUGGUGGAUACAGCGAAGAUAUGAUUCCUACUGUUGGAUUCAAUAUGAGGAAGGUGACGAAGGGAAAUGUGACAAUAAAAUUGUGGGAUCUUGGUGGCCAACCAAGGUUCCGCAGUAUGUGGGAGCGUUAUUGCCGUGCAGUUUCUGCAAUUGUUUAUGUUGUUGACUCUGCCGAUCAGGAUAACUUGUCUGUCGCAAAAAAUGAGCUUCAUGACUUGCUAAGCAAACCAUCUCUGCAUGGAAUUCCUUUGUUGGUUCUUGGAAAUAAGAUUGACAAGCCUGGGGCUCUGACCAAACAAAGUUUCACCGACGAAAUGGGGCUGAAAUCCAUCACAGAUAGAGAGGUUUGUUGUUUCAUGAUCUCAUGCAAGAACUCAACCAAUAUCGACGUUGUUAUAGAUUGGCUUGUAAAGCACUCAAAAUCGAAAAAUUAAGUGCUGUUGUGAAAUGAGUCUGCUAUUUUCUGUGCAUUUUCCUUGUGACUUAGUUUUAUUGUUGGUGAUUGAGUGCUGAUCUUAGCUGACUUUGUGGCCUGGUUUACUUAUGUGGGGGUGUGGGAAGACAUUUGAGCCUCAAUGCCAUAAAAUCCAUGAAAUCUUGCACCAAUGUACAAUCUUAGUGUUUGCUUGAAAAAAAAUGUAUCUAUUUGCACAAUUUGAAUGUAUGAAAUAAACGCUUGGUAUUAUUUGCUCCAUCUGAGCUUAGAUUAA